UAAAAAGCGCGUGGAGUGGUGAAGACUGAAGAGCGUCCGCGAGAAGAUGAGAGAAGAAAGAUUAGUUGAGGCUUGAGAAGAUGUUUCUAUGGCUGCUACUAUCCAAAUCGCCAUAGCUUCCUCCGGCUUAAGCUCUCUUGCUCCUUGCUUUCCCAGAAUACCCCUACUAUCGCAAUCUCCCUCUCCCUCUAAGCCUCCCUCUUUAUCUACAUCGAGAACGCGUCAUCACCAUAUCCUCUGCUCCACUGGCUUAGCCUCUCAAACUCUCUGUCUCUCCUUACCCCAAACCCUUCUCUCUUUGGAGCCUCUCUGCGUCUCUUCUUCACUAGAGGACAUCGAUUCUCUUAUCGAUGGGCUUUUCUAUUCACUUCGCCAAUCGGUUAAAUACAAUGACAUUGAGCUUUGCAGAGCGGUACAUGGUUCUGUUCUCAAAAUUGAGGAAGAUAUCCAUCUGCGGAAUGCUCUUAUUGGAGCUUACUGCAAGCUUGGUUUUGUUUUUGAUGCUUAUAGGGUCUUCAAGGGCCUUACUUGCCCCAAUGGAGUGUCUUAUGCAGCGAUGAUGUCGGGCUUUGCUAAGUCAAAUUGUGAAGCGGAAGCAAUUGAACUUUUCUUUGGAAUGAGAAGUGCAGGUAUUGAGCCUGAUGAGUAUGGCUUUGUUGCUAUUUUAACAGCUUGUAUUAGGGUUUUAGACUUGGAAUUGGGCUGGCAACUUCAUGGUUUAAUAAUAAAAACUGGAUAUUUGGAUGCUGUUUUUGUUGCUAAUGCACUUAUGGGUAUGUAUGGAAAGUGUGGUUGUUUGGAUUAUGUGCUUAAGUUGUUUGGCGAAAUGCGUCAAAGAGAUAUAGCAUCAUGGAAUACUGUGAUUUCUAGUGUGGUAAAAGAGCUGUUGUAUGACAAAGCCUUUGAAUUGUUUCGUGAUAUGCAAAGGAUUAAUGGGUUCAGGGUCGAUCAUUUUAUGGUUUCUACCAUGUUGACAGCUUGUACUGGCAGCAAUUCUUCAAUGGAAGGCAGAGAGAUUCAUGCCCAUGCCACAAGAAUUGGGUUAGACGGCAAUUUGAGUGUGAAUAAUGCACUUAUUGUGUUCUACACCAAGUGUGGCAGUAUAAAUGAUGUAGUGACUUUGUUUGAAAGGAUGCCUGUGGUAGAUAUAAUAACUUGGACAUCAAUGAUUACUUCUUACAUGGAAUUUGGGUUGGCUAAUUUGGCUCUGGAAACACUUGAAAGAAUGCCAGAGAGGAAUUCUAUUUCUUUCAAUGCUGUUUUGGCAGGAUUAUUUCAUAAUGGAGAAGGAUCGACUGCAUUGAGGUUAUUUAUCAAAAUGGUGGAGAAAGGAGUGGAGUUAACAGAUUCUACUUUGACUAGCAUUGUUAAUGCAUGUGGGUUGCUGAUGAAUAAGAAAAUUAGUGAACAAAUUCAUGGUUUCACUAUCAAGUUUGGUUCUGGGGAAAAUGCCUGUAUUGAAGCAGCAUUGCUUGAUAUGUGCACACGAUGUGGGAGGAUGCCAGAUGCUGAGAAAAUGUUUUGCCGCUGGCCAGCAGAUGAGAACAGCUCAGUAAUUGAGACAUCUAUGCUGUGUGGAUAUGCUCGAAAUGGGCUACCUGAUCAGGCCGUAUCUCUUUUCCUUCAGAGUCAAUCAGAAGGAAAAAUGGAUGUGGAUGAGGUUUCAUUGACUUCAGUACUUGGUGUCUCUGGAACUUUAGGGUUUCGUGAGAUUGGGGAGCAAGUCCAUUGUCAGGCUUUUAAAAGUGGUUUUGUGUCUGAUUUGGGGGUGGCAAAUUCAAUUGUUAGCAUGUAUUCUAAAUGCUGUGACAUUGAUGAGGCAAUUAAGGCUUUCGAUACUAUGCUUGUCCAUGACAUAGUAUCAUGGAAUGGCUUGAUAGCUGGCCAUCUUCUUCAAAGGCAGGGCGAUGAAGCGUUGGCUAUCUGGUCAAAGAUGGAGAAAGCAGCCAUUAAGCCGAAUGCACUCACUUUGGUUCUCAUAAUUUCAGCUUACCGACACACUAGCUCAAAUUUAGUUGAUAGAUGUCGCAGCUUAGUUCGUUCAAUGAAAACCGUCUAUGGCAUUGAGCCCAUGUCAGAGCAUUAUUCUGCCUUUGUUAGGGUUCUGGGACACUGGGGUCUUCUUGAAGAAGCGGAGGAAACAAUUAAUAAAAUGCCUUUUGAGCCAGAUUCUUCUGUUUGGCGAGCUUUGCUUGAUAGUUGUCGACUCCAACUGAAUGCAACGAUGGGAAAACAGGUUGUAAAGCGUAUACUAGCCAUGGAGCCACAUGAUCCAUCUACAUAUAUACUGGUAUCAAAUUUGUAUUCUGCAUCUGGGAGGUGGCAUUGCUCUGAAAUGGUGAGGGAGGAUAUGAGGGAAAAGGGACUUAGGAAACAACCAAGUCGAAGUUGGAUUAUUCAAGAGAAUAAGGUGCAUUCAUUCUACGCAAGAGAUAAAUCCCACCCCCAAAUGAAAGACAUCUACAGUGGAUUAGACAUUCUGAUUUUAGAAUGUAUGAAAUCUGGAUACAAGCCCGAUUCGAGCUUUGUUCUGCAUGAAGUGGAGGAAUACCAGAAGAAAGAUUUUCUAUUUUAUCAUAGUGCAAAACUGGCCACAACCUAUGGCCUUUUGAUGACCAAGACCGGACCCAUCCGGAUCUUCAAGAACAUCCUUCUAUGUGGGGACUGCCAUACAUUUUUGAAACAUGUUUCUCUUGUCACCAAUAGAGAGAUAGUGCUAAGGGAUACUUCAGGAUUUCAUUGUUUUUCAAAUGGUCAGUGCUCAUGUAAAGAUUACUGGUGUUGAUAGAGGUUAGUUUGGAACUUCCAUUGACCUCAAGCAGUUUUUUUCAUUUCUUUAGCACAAUUGUAGUUAGAGAAUUUUGAAUGUAUAAUAUUUCAGAGAAUAGAUAUACAUAUAGUGGAUUCAAUAUCUGCACCUUUGCUAUU